AAAUAAAAAACCGAACCACACGGAUUUUUAUCAGAUAGGAAGUUUCUUAAACAGAGAAAGCUGUGUCACGAAUCUCUCACAUAACUCUACGCUUCUCGUCUUACCGGGACGAAUCUUCUCAUAAGUUAUGGAUAUUUUCAAGAAUCCAAAGAAUUUUGUGUAAAAAAAUAAUAAUUGAGAGAUGGAAAGAUUAUGUGAGGUUUGCAAAGCGUAUAGAGCAGUGGUUUAUUGUAUAGCAGAUGCAGCGAGUCUGUGUCUAACAUGUGAUGCAAAGGUUCAUUCAGCUAAUGCACUCUCAGGGAGACAUUUACGCACGCUUUUAUGCGGUUUUUGUAAGAAUCAGCCUUGUGUCGUCCGAUGUUUGGAUCACAAGAUGUUUCUUUGUAACGGAUGUAAUGAAAAGAUUCAUGGUGUUGUCUCCUCUAAGCAUGUUAGACACGAUGUGAGGUGUUAUACGGGUUGUCCUUCUGCCAAAGAUUUCGCGGUUAUGUGGGGUUUUCGAGUUAUGGAUAAUGAUGUUUCGUUGGAGAAAUCUUUCGCGAUGGCUAAACCUAAGGUGCAAAGAGAAGCUGGUUUUGUCUUGGAACAAAUUCUUGAAUUGGAGAAGCUUCAGCUCAGGGAAGAGAAUAAGGUUUUGCCCUUGACAGAACAUGCUGAUCCAUUUCCACUAGAGCUUCCAAAGAAAUCUGAAGAAUGCUUAGUAGAUCUUCCUCAGACCGGAAAAGAUCUGAUUGUUGACUUUUCACACUUGUCCUCGUCUUCCACACUUGGUGAUUCCUUUUGGGAAUGCAAAAGCCCAUUUAAUAAGAACAAUCAGUUGUGGCAUCAAAACCUACAAGACAUUGGAGUUUGUGAAGAUACAGCUUGUGAUGACGAUGACUUCCACAUACCUGACAUUGAUCUCACUUUUCAAAACUUUGAAGAACUUUUUGGAGCUGAUCCAGAUCCAACAACAGACAAUUAUAAAUUGUGUGAGAUGAACACCUUUUCUUCACCUUCAUCCAAACCAGCUUCAUCAUCUCUUUCAUUCUCAAGAUCCAAUGGUGGAGGAAGCAGCAAAACGCAUUACUCUCACAAUCACUCAGAGGAAGCAAUCUCUAUUUGUUCCCCUUUCUCUAACAAUGUACGUCAAAAGGCUAUCUCAAGGCUUAAGGAGAAGAAGAGAGCAAGAACGGAGGAGAAACAAGUUUAGUAUGGUCUCAAAAAGAAACAGAAGAUGAACACGGAACGUGUUACCUACUCCAUCACCAUGCUUUUGUUUUGUAAAUAAAGACACUAAUCUAGCUGCUCAUCUACUUUACGUGAUUCAGUUUCCUUUGCAUGCAACUGUAAGUUAAGCUAAGAUCUUGUUAAUCAUUUGCUUUCAUCAUCCAAUUUGUAAUCACUGGUUUGCACCAAAUUUCACCAGAAAUUAACAUUA